AUGUUGGUAUACAUUGACAGUGAUGUCAGACAUUUUGCUUAUAAAGUAAUGCUAAGCUUCCCAUUGAAUACAUUGAUUGACCAAUAAUUUCAUCGUUAAUACAGCGAAUCAAUUUGAAAGAUUGACGAUCACCCGACACCCGAUCGGUAGCUGUAUUUGUUGAUAUCGCGUGUCCCCCGAUCGGUGAUGAACUACCGAUAGUUGUUGUUGUUGGUGACCGCGACCUAUCAAAAUUGAAAGACAGAAUAGGAUGUCAUUAAUAAAGAUGGAGACCAGUGACCACUCGGCCACCGGCGGCAGUCAAGCGUCAAGUAUUGGCGACUCUUUUCUUAAUACAAGUUCACAGCAAUACAUUGUCCACCCGUCCGAUAAUACCGAUGGUGACGACUCGCAAAUGGGUAUGGGAUCACCUGAUGAACACUCGGAUAAUGGCGACCGCGAUAUGGUUGAACCGCUUCGGGAACAGGACAGAUUCUUACCGAUUGCCAAUGUGGCCAGGAUUAUGAAGGAGGCCAUUCCCAAAUCGGGAAAGAUUGCCAAAGACGCCAAAGAGUGUGUUCAAGAGUGCGUCUCCGAGUUUGUCUCGUUUAUCACGUCGGAGGCCAGCGAUCGAUGUCAUCAGGAAAAGCGAAAGACCAUUAAUGGCGAAGACAUACUGUUUGCGAUGUCGACACUCGGUUUCGAUAAUUAUGUCGAUCCACUUAAACUGUAUCUUCAAAAAUACCGAGAAGCUAUGAAAGGCGAAAAAGGUGGCCAACAAUUGUCCGAAUCGGGAAACGUCGAUGAGAUGAGCAACGAAUCGUUUGGUACACAAUCAUUAAACAAUGCGUCAAUACUGACCACCGAAGACGGACAGUCUAUUGUUUAUACGGCGGGUGCAUUCGCUGGGGGACAGUUCAAGUUAAACUAAUAAUAUUUAAAAAAUACAUUAUCUGUAAUUAAAACAUUAUAAUCA